AAUGGGAGUUAAGGUGAUAAUUUGACCCAGGCUCAACCUGAAAUCUAAAAUACAGUUUUAAUUUUAGUGACAUUAAAACUCAUUGAAAGACAAACAAUAGGUUCAAUGAAAAUUACAGCAACAAAGGCCCCAGUUGACAGAUUCCUUAUUUCAAAGUAAGUCCCAGAAAAGUAAAUACCAUAGAACAAAUGUCAAGUUUACUUUAGGAUAGCUACUGUUUAAAUAUUGGGCAUUUGGAUAUGGUUUCAGUCUGACAAUACUCUGUCUCAUAAGACAAUAUCUGUGCUCAAAAUGUCACACAGGGUGUGAUGACUUAUGAAAUGCUUUUUUCCCGACAGUGAAAAAAAACCCUGAGCAUGGGGAGUCCAGGCUCAGAGCAUGCAGGCUUCACCUCACACUCACCUCUCUACAUCAGCCACCCACACACCGACACCAGGACGUGCUGGCAGGAGGAGGCAGAGGACAUUAAACCCCCCCGCAGCUUAUUGGGGCUUCCUGAGCUGAGCUGGUCGGGGGUCUACCUCCCCUGUUAUGACAGAUUAACGAUGGAGGAGAACCCCUGGGUGCUGAGGAUGACAGAUGCUCCUGCUCCUGCUGCUGUUCCUCCAUCCAGGACUCCAGAGAUGAGCUUAGCCAAGCCAAGCCCGGUCCAGGACCCCCCCUCUGAGAUAGAGGGCCAAACGGAGGAGCGCUGCCUGGAGCAGGUCCAGACCAUGGUGGUUGGAGAGGUGCUGAAGGACGUCGACACGGCCUGCAAACUGCUCAACAUCGCACCAGACCCUUUAGACUGGAGCAGUGUGCACGUUCAAAAGUGGCUGCUCUGGACCGAGCACCUGUACAGGCUGCCGCAGGUCAGCACCGUGUUUCAGGACCUGACUGGGAGGGACCUGUGCUCCAUGACAGAAGCAGACUUUAGAUUACGCUCCUCACAGUUUGGGGACAUGCUUUAUGCUCACCUGGACAUCUGGAGAUCAACAGCAGCAAUGAAGGAGCGCUGCCCACCAGAGGACAACAAAUCCACUGAUGAUGAUUCCUGGCCAGAAGUCAUCAGUAACUAUCCCAACCAGCCCAUCCACCUGUGGCAGUUCCUCCGAGAGCUGCUGCUGAAGCCUCACAACUACAGCCGCUGCAUCCGCUGGCUCAACAAAGAGAAAGGGAUCUUCAAAAUAGAGGACUCGGCUCAUGUGGCCAGGCUAUGGGGCAUCAGGAAGAACCGCCCAGCUAUGAACUACGACAAACUGAGCCGCUCCAUACGUCAGUACUACAAGAAGGGUAUCAUCAGAAAGCCUGAUGUAUCCCGCAGACUGGUCUACCAAUUUGUCAACCCAGUAUGAUGAAGAGGAUGAUCCAUUGAAAAUGAGCUGAAGAGGAACUGAAGAUAUGCUGGACAUACAGUUAAAGUGACUCUGAGGCUCACUGGCCUUUUGUAUUUAAUGUUUGAUUUCAAAUGUAAAGACUGCCUAUUUAACUAUGCGCUCCUGCCUAUCACUGAAUCACUCUACUUUAAAAUUCUUAACACUACAUCUUAUUUUAUUGUCUAUUUCUGUUGUGUGUAGCACUCCCUUACACUCUCUUGUUUUAAAUUAUGUUUUAGUUUGAGUGUUUGGUUUUUCUAAGGAAAUUAUUUCUGCUUUAUGGUAGAAACAGUGAAAUUAGCGAUGUGUUUAAUAGCUUUCCUAUCCAUAGUAUGGUCACAAGAUUAACAACCGUGUAAGUGGAGCGAGCAGGCUUAGCUAAAUGACUGGAAUCAAGUAGCCUUGCUUUUACUUGUGGUAAAAAAAAACAAUAAAAUGUCAUGUUUUUUUAAUCAAUUAAAAAUAAAAUGGGUAAGGUUC